CCGAAGCCUCCUUGGUGUUUCCGAAAAUCCUAGACGCGCAAAAUUAGUUCCUAUAAUAACUCUGUUUUUCGUAAGGGAUUUCUUAACAGGUUGAACAGACACAAACCUAGUCAAUUUGCUGCUUUCCAAAUAUCACAAGCUCCCAAUUUGCCAACGUUCAAUUUUGUACAGGCCGAACAGACGAAAAACCUGCAUAAUUAUAAUUGUCCAAUUUUUCAAAAUCUUUUACUGCCGCCCAAAGUGUAUAUUUUGCCACACAGCAAAUUCUCCAGUGUCAUAUUUUUGUAGUCAAACUGACCAUACUCUUUCAGAGUUAUUACAACAACAGCGAGUGUAAGGCCCCACCCCCAUUUUCCAAGUGUUGGUGUUAAUACUCGGAGUUAAAAUGCUCAGAGUAAAAAUUACUCUGUGGGGUGAAAAACAUGCAGUGUAAAAUCUUGACAUUUCCCACAGAGCUCAUUCAACACCAGCAUAAAGUUAAAUUCCCGCCAGUGGUUGUGACGUUGACUGGGUAAAGACAGAGAACGGCCAUUGCAGGUGGAACCGUCUUUUCAGCCGACCUCAUACAUAUUAUUGAAUCAUUGAAACACACCGGUAAGCUAGUUGUUCACAACUCUGUUAUUUAGCAUUGAAGUUUAAAAAGUAUUUGGACUUAAAGUAAGAUUGCAUUUUUCUAUAGCUGCUUUGGUUUUUUUGAAGAUUUUGUUUCACUAUGUUAACCUGCAUGCGUUGAAAAAGCAGAUUCUGGCCUAAUGCUUCAAACAUGUUUUUAGUUAAUUUAUUUUAAAUUUAAAUUUAUUUAAAUUAUUUUAUAACAUUUCGUUCUUCCUAAUUAAUUCAAGUAAUUCAAACGUUUAUAGUUUUCUCUUAAAAACAACGUCAUUAAAUUGGUGAAUAUGACAAAAGAAAAAGUUCAUCCAAUAUUCGAUGAUGUCACCUGACUUGCGCAUGUGCAUGCAUCCGCCAUUCUAGGAGCAGCAGCGCGUUCGUCAGUUUCACAGCAGAUGUGGGAGCGGUGGAAAUAACAUUGUCUGACUACGAUUUUGUCAUCCAUUCACAUUGCUUCCUCAAGUCUGGCUAUUAUUUGAUGCCAACAUGUUGAUUAAAACAAAAAUAAAUAAUGACCAGAAAUAUGUCAAGAUCAGUGAGCCAAGUUUGGAGGAAUUCUUGAAUUCUGCUUUUUUGAAGUUCUCCAUUCCACCUGUCAGUGAAGGAGUCAGAGUUUAUGAUGAAUCAGGAACUGAGGUGGAUGCAGAGGUCUUUGCAGAAGUUGCACAGCUUCCCAAUGCUGGUGUAUUUACCAUUCAAUUUAACAGUGGUUCUCUGGUUCCCAUUUUGACUGCAUCCACACAAGACUUAACCAGUUCACAACAGAAUGUUUCAUCAUGCAGUUCAAAUAAUACAGUGGUUCUCGAACUUUCUGUGUGCGAUUCUGAUGAUACAAUCAUCUUGGAUGAGGAUUGUUUCCCUUCAAGAAAACGACAGAAGACAAAUGAAGAUGCUAAACAAGUUGUUGAAUUGGCUUUGACCAAGAAACCAGGUGGAGACCUAAUUGUUAGGGAAUACAGCCGUACAAAAAGUCUGACUGAUUCCUCACGCCGACAGAUGAUUAACAUUCUUGCUGCAGAUAUGACUGAGAUUCAUGGGAUGGCACCACCACGGCAUGUAAGAGAGAUGUAUGCUCGAGGCAUAGUUCAGAUGUUCCCUUACCUAAUGGAUCCAUUUUCCAAAAAUGGAUAUGAGCAUUUUUACGAUCCUGAAAGUGGCACAGGGUACUUGGCGUGGAGGCUCAAAACCAUACAAAGGAAUAGUUCAUCACAAAGCAGAAGAGCACCACAUCAGCUGGCUGGUGGAGGGCCGUUGGCUAGAAGAAAUGCAUCUUUUCAGUCAGAGAUCACCCUGACUGAAGAGCAAUGCAAGGAGGCAAUAUCGUUUAUGAAGUAUUCAUCUGAUGAAGACAUCAUAAAGCAGAAAAUGAAGAUGACAUUUGAGUAUCGUCACAAUAUGGUUCACAGUAAAGAUAAAUCCUCAGAUGUCUUGACUGAAUUUCCAUGCUUCAAAGACAUCAAAGGGCUGGUAAGUAAAUAUUUAAACAAAUAAAUGAUCUUGAUGUAAAAAUGCACUAGUAACUGUUGGCAUGUCUUAUUAAAGAUUGAGCAAGACUUCAUUUUGCAGUUUAGAGACGAGGUGGCUGCCAAGUUUUUAGAAAGGUCAGUCUUAAACCCUGCAGUCCAUAUGACAAAAAAAAAAAAACCUCCCGGUUUGAAAAUUAUCACAAGAUGAAAAGAAAAAAAAAAAAAAUCCCAUCAUCUUAUAAAAACACUCAUCGGCCUAUUCUCUAUUGUGUGAACAACAAGGCAACAAAACCUUGAUUUUUGACCAGGUUUAUAUGCUUGGAUUUCUAAUGUAUAGGGGUCUAUUUUCUUCCUAUAAAGGUGGCCUACUGUUUUCAAGCAGAAGGUCAUCCAGCAGAGUAAGGCUCUCCCCUCCUCAAGCAACCUUGAAGAUCUGAUCUACUGUGCAGAAGCUACAUCACUUCAAGAAGAGGAUGACAUUAUUGCUUCCGGAUGGGACAGUGAUUUAUCUUCAGUCAUUCUCCUGCUUCACCUGAUUCCUCCAACAGCCCAGGGGCGCAAAAGGCCAGGCAAGGUUUCUGCAUCUCAAGCUGAGAAACAUCUUGUUGUCUUUAAGAAGAGUGGAACAAGCAUCCAAGAACAUGUUGAUGCCGUUGCCAACACCACUCAACCCUAUCUGCUUGCGAUUGGUACAAAGAAGAGCAGAGUCCAGGAUUUCUUCAUUGUUCUUGACAAGCAGGUCAUUCCGUGCAAGUCAACCAGUUCACUUGGAGCUGUUGAUGAACUCUUUAAAGCACACUUUGUUUUUGGUACGCUGUACAGUCAGAUGCUCCACAACAUGUACACCUUCAUACAGACAACUGUCUACAAUAUUGAUGUUGCCCAAGUUCAAGAGAGCCCACGUGUGGCAGAGAUCAGGGCCAGAAUACUACAGUCUACAGACUAGUUAAGAAAUAGUCACACAAACAGAACAGGCUAAAAAUUUAACUGCAUUGUUUUCAGAUAUCAUUAGCAUUUGACAUUGUUAUUUGACCUAUUUUUUUGUUAUGAGAUUGAUAUGUUUUGUUUGCCGUGUUCAUUUUGUAAAUGUCAACAAUCUGGUUAGGCAUAUGCGUUUAAUUCAUGGUUUUUAUAGUGGCAAAGCACUUCGUUUGAAAUGUGCUCAGCCUGGAUGUUGUCAUGUUUUUGGAACUUUCUCUGGUUUUAGAAAGCAUUUGCUUACUAAACAUUGUGAGCAAACUGAGCCUGAAGAGGAAUCAGUUGACACUGUAGACAGUGAUGUUAGAAAUGACUCUCAGUUAGCAAUAAACGAAAAUACGGCCAGUAUUUCUCAAGUUGUGCCUGUAUCUGACAGAAGUACUCUUGACUUAUGUGCAUCUGCUAUUGCGCAACUUCAGGUUGCUGGUGUAGCCCAGUCGACUUUAAAUGGCUUUGUGUCAUCAAUGGAAGAGGUUGUUAUGGACAUACAGAGUCAAGCAAAAGCCACAGCUUUGAAAUGUUUAGCACCACAAGACAAACGUUUGAAAAUUAAAGUUGAAAAAAGUUUUGAAAAACUUGAAAACCCUUUUACGUCUUUCAAUUCGGAAACAAAACGAAGCAACUAUUUUCAACAGAAAUGGAAAACUGUUGAACCAGUUGAAAAAGUUCUUGGUGUCAGAUUGGAGAACCGAAGAAACAGAUCUAGUGGGACUUACAAACAGGUUAUUGUGACUGAUAAAUUUGCAUAUGUUCCAAUUCUAGAGACACUGCAGUCUAUUAUCAGAAAUCCAAAUUUUGCACAUAUGCUGACAUCUAGCCAUCUUUCCAAGGAUGGGGUAUACUUUGACAUACAGGAUGGGCUCUAUGUGAAGAGCCAUCCGCUUUUUUCAAAAAAAGACUUUGCCUUUCUCAUUCAGUUAUUUUACGAUGAAUUUGAGACUGCUAAUCCACUUGGGUCCAAAAAGGGUAUACAUAAAUUAGGGGGUAUAUAUUUUACAUUGAGAAAUUUUCCACCAAAAUUAAAUUCAUCUUUAGUCAACAUACAUUUGUGUGCACUUUUUCAUGCUCAAGAUAUCAAAACAUAUGGUUUUAACACCAUCCUUGAGCCAAUCAUCAGUGAUCUGAAGGUGCUUGAAACUUGUGGAAUUACAUCUCCCAUGUUUCAAAGUCCUGUUCGUGGUAGCAUUGUCCAAGUCACAGGGGACAAUCUUGGUCUUCAUGGAAUAUUUGGGUUUGUUGAGUCAUUUAGUGCUCAUUACUGCUGUCGUUUUUGUGUCACUGAGAAAAGUGAAUUUCAGUCUGUGUUCUGUGAAAAUGAAAGCAUCAUAGUCCGUACAAAAGACAUGCACGCAGAGCAUUGCUGUACUCUACAGACAAAUCCACAACUACCUCAUUUUUACGGUGUGAAGCGUUCGAGUCUGUUGAAUACUUUGCAGUUUUUUGACACGGCAGAUAAUCUUUCUGUUGAUGUGAUGCAUGACAUUUUGGAGGGAGUUGCACAGUUUGAGGUAAAACUUAUAUUGGAAUAUGUACAGCAAAACUUCCUAACAGCAAAAGAACUGUCUGGUAGAACAGAGUCUUUUAACUAUGGCCACACGGAGCGACGAAAUCGUCCUCCUGCUGUCAAGUUGUUUGAUGGUAGUAAUGACUUGGGCUUGAAUGCAAUACAGUCAUGGUGUUUGCUGCGCAAUAUGCCAUUGAUAUUUGGUGAUUUAGUGCAGAAAGGCAAUGAGUACUGGCAUCUUUUAUUAUUGCUUCUCCAGAUAGUUGGUAUUGUAUUUGCUCCGGUUAUAACAGAUGGUAUGACUAUCUUUUUGAAACACCUAAUCGUGGAGCAUCAUCAGCUUUUUAAACAUCUGUUUCCUUCCAGAAACCUCUUGCCUAAACAUCACUUCAUGAUACACUAUCCACGAUGUAUAAGAAAUAUUGGACCGAUUCUACACAUAUGGUCAAUGCGUUAUGAGGCAAAACACAACUUUUUUAAAACCCAACUGAAAAGUUUCAAAAAUAUCACCAAGACUUUGGCUAAAAGGCACCAAAGAUACAUGGCCUUGCAUUGGGAAGCUUUUAGUCAUUUCAGAUUAGUGGUUGGUCCAGAAAAAAUGUUUUGGCUUCAAGAUUUGAAAGAGGGUCCUGAAAUUGCUGACAAAUUAAACACAGCAAUAUCCACUAAUGUUCUGUCAGUGAAGUGGGUGAAACACAAUGGAACUGAAUAUAAACCUGGCCUAAUAGUUUGUGUUGAGGUAGCUAAUGAGAUGCCAGUAUUUUAUAAAAUCCACACAAUUUUUGUCAAGGAUGAGCAAGUUGUUCUAGCUCUUUCUGGUGUCGAAACUGUUUGUUUUGAUGAACAUUACCAUGCAUUCAAAAUACUGUUAAAGCCUUUCCAGAUUGUGACAGUGUUAAAUAUUCAGGACUUGUUCUACUAUAAACCAAUGGAUGUUCAAAUGACAUAUGGACCCUCAGAUACCUCAAUGUAUGUGGUUCCGUAUUGCCAUCUAAUGCAAGUGUGAGUGGUGUUAAGGCAUUUGGACUUUACCUUGGACGUUUUUCUUUAUUUCCUCCACUAUAUUUGGACUUAAUAGUCAAGGGUCUCUUUCUACUCUUUCAGUGGUAAUUUGUGUCCAACUGGGUGACAUUUAAAGUGAAUUGUUUUAAAUUGAAUGUUUUUAUUCUCAAAUUCUAAUAAAGACCUUUUGUGACUA